AUGUUGGUGAAUCACUCUAGUGCCACUGAAUUUUAUCUCCUUGGCUUCCCUGGCUCCAGAGAACUACACCAACUUCUCUUUGCUACCUUCUUCUUCUUCUACUUAGUGACAUUAAUGGGAAACACAGUCAUCAUUGUGAUUGUGUGUGUUGAUAAACGUCUGCAGUCCCCCAUGUAUUUCUUCCUUGGUCAUCUCUCUGCCUUGGAGAUCUUGGUUACUACUAUUAUUGUGCCUGUGAUGCUUUGGGGAUUGCUUCUCCCUGGAAUGCAGACAAUCUCUCUGGCUGCAUGCGUCACCCAGCUCUUCCUGUACCUUUCUCUGGGGACCUCAGAGUUUACAUUGCUGGGAGCGAUGGCUGUGGACCGUUAUGUGGCUGUCUGUAACCCUUUGAGAUACAACAUCAUUAUGAACAACUGAACCUGCAUCUGGGUGGUCAUUGUGUCAUGGGUGUUUGGGUUCCUUUUUGAAAUCUGGCCAGUGUAUGCCACAUUUCAGCUGACCUUCUGCAAAUCACAUGUGGUGAACAAUUUCUUCUGUGACCGAGGGCAAUUGCUGAAACUAUCCUGCAAUAAUACCCUUUUCAUAGAGUUUAUCCUAUUCUUAAUGGCUAUUUUUGUUCUUUUUGGUUCUUUGAUCCCUACAAUCAUCUCCUACACCUACAUCGUCUCCACCAUCCUCAGGAUCCCCUCAGCCUCUGGGCGGAGGAGGACCUUCUCUACGUGUGCAUCUCACUUCAUUUGUGAUAUUGGCUAUGGCAGUUGCUUGUUCCUCUAUGUGAAACCCAAGCAAACACAGGCUGCGGAUUACAAUAGGGUAGUUUCGUUGAUAUUUUCAGUGGUUACUCCUUUCCUCAACCCUUUUAUCUUUACCCUCCGAAAUGACAAAGUAAUAGAAGCCCUUCGGGAUGGAGUGAAAAGAUGCUGUGGACCUCCUCAGGGUGUGGGAGAAAGAGUUAGACGGACCUACGUGGCAUCCAAGUCCGUACAUGGACAACCCAGAGGUUCUGAGGAGUUGGUCCCGAUUGAGUGCAAUUGA